UAUCAUCCUUGAACACGGUGGAAUCUCCAUUGCGCGCCAGAUACCGAGCUGCGAAAGGAGCAUUUGAAACAGCUGGCGCCCCUGGAGGAACAUGCUCAUUGCUGAAUGCAAGAGAGCAAUUGACGCUGCUGGGGAAGGAACCGUAUCUCAAAAUAUCUCCAUUGCAGCAAGACGUUCCUCAUGCAGUUGCUAUAGCGUUGCGUUCUUGGUGAAGACGUUGAGCUGUCCUCUUGAGGUUGCGCAGCCUUCUCAAUUACGCGGCUCGGACAAAGUGCUGUUUGAAAGUGAGAGUCAUAGUUGGCUGCCCAUCAGCAUUGCUUUGCCAAGUAUCUCCAUCCUGGGAAAAUGGCCCGAGCGAUGGUGGCCGCGCAGCUGUCUGCCCUGCCCAUCGGGACCGGCGUCACAGGUUCGUGCUGCGCCGGGAGUGGCAGCUCCGCGCGCACCUGUUUGCUCCCUCGUCCAAUGAUGGCUCCAGUGCGCAUCAAGCACAGUGUGCCUAGCCACAGCUUCUUGGGUACCUCAGAGGGUCUCCUGGGGGUGGCCCCCUGCGCGCCUGGCCGGGCCAGCAGCCGGGGCAUCGCGGCGGUGGCGUCCUCCGAGGUGGCGGCCCCAGUGGCUGCGCAGCAGCCGGGCGAGGGGGCCAAGGAGGAGGUGGCACCUGUGAGGAAGGGGAAGCGCAUUGCCAUGUUUGUGGAGCCAUCCCCAUUUGCCUACAUCUGCGGGUACAAGAAUCGCUUUCAGAACCUGAUCCGCUUCCUGCAAGAGCAGGGCGACGAGGUGCUGGUGGUGACCACGCAUCAUGGGGCCCCUGCGGAGUGGUAUGGGGCCAAGGUGGUCCCGUCCUGGAGUUUCCCCUGCCCCUUCUACCCGAUCUUGCCGCUCUCGCUCGCUGCCAGCCCGCGCAUCUUCAACUACGUCAAAAACUUCCAGCCUGACCUCAUCCACGUCUCCACCCCUGGCAUCAUGUGCUUUGGCGCGCUGCUGUUUGCCAAGCUUCUGAGCAUCCCCAUCGUGAUGUCGUACCACACGCACGUCCCCAAGUACAUCCCCCAGUACACCUUCUCAUUUCUGGUGGAGCCCAUGUGGGCCGUCAUCAGGUUCCUGCAUAACGCGGCCACCUUGACGCUGGCCACCUCAGAGGAGAUGCGCAAGGAGAUGGUCAGCUUCGGCGCAGCGACAGUGACCCGCAUCAAGGUGUGGCGCAAGGGCGUGGACGCAGAGCUGUUCCACCCCCGCUUCACCAGUGCGCUCUGGCGGAACAAGCUCAGUGACGGGCAGCCUGAUCGCCCGCUGAUUGUCCAUGUGGGGCGCCUGGGAGCGGAGAAGAAUCUGCCCUUCCUCAAGGAGAUCCUCCGCAGAAUACCGGAGGCGCGCCUGGCCUUUGUUGGCGACGGCCCUGCCCGGCCCGAGCUAGAGCAGCUGUUCCAAGACACACCCACCGUCUUUACUGGUAUGCUCUCGGGCGAGGACUUGUCCGCGGCGUACGCCAGUGCGGACGCCUUCUUCACGCCCAGCGAGAGCGAGACGCUAGGCUUCGUGGUGCUGGAAGCCAUGGCCAGCGGCACCCCGGUGGUCGCCGCGCGUGCCGGCGGGAUCCCCGACAUUGUUGACAAGGACGGAGAAACGGGCUUCUUGUACACGCCAGGGGAUGUCGACGAUGCCGUGGCCAAGCUGCGGCGGCUCCUCUUUGACCGCGACUUCAAUGCCAAGAUGGCGGCGGCCGGGCGUGCGGACGUGGAGAACUACGACUGGCGGGCAUCGACGCGGCAAGUGAGCGAGGACGGGUACAACACGGCGCUGCGGCUGUGGCAGCAGAGCCGGCAGGCGACGAGCGACUGGUGGCCGUGGUGGACCAAGAAGGCCGAGUGGCAGGCCUAGGUCAAUGGCGGGGGGCAGCAAUAGCAGAUCGAAAGACCGGGGGGGAGGGGGGGCCCAAGGGAGCAAUGGGGUUGCUUGCUGAGGCCGCGGCAGGUGGGAACACCCGAGCCCGUGGGGGAGUUCCCGUGGCCUUGUACAGUGACGUAGACGAUUCUUGUAGGUUGAGGCACCUUAUCCUCACGUACCGACCCAGUGUUUUAUGCUAGGAAUCAGCAUAUAUAUGAGCACGCACGACUGGGAACGCUGGUGGCCGAUGGCCGGAAGUUAGGCUCUGCGCGUGUGGUUGUCUGCAUAGCUCGAGGUAGCUAGCGUUGCUUGUUUUGGCUACACGAAGAGUCAGCUUUGCACUGGUGUUUGAGGAUGCAGACGUGGUCGCUACUAACAUAUGCAGACCUAAUUGGUGCGACUCGAUUUUCUGCUCUGGGUAUCG